CUGUCCACCCGCUUCCUCAUAAGGACGGAGGAGGGAAGAAACGAGCCCGCAACUCCGCGCGAGCAAGAGCCACCCACCUCACGUUGCGGCCACCACCUCCAGUCCUCCACCCGCCUGCCCACCCCCGGAAUAGGCAGCAGCCGCAGCCAGCCGGCCAUUGGGGAGGCUCAUGCGGCGGGGGCAGGGGGAAGGGUAGAAUGGGCAACGUCACGUCGUCGGUGGCGGCGCGGCUGGCCUUCUUCCCUCCGGAGCCGGCGACGUACGGCGUCGAGCCUGCCCAGGACGGCGCCGGCGCAGGCGGGCUGCUGCGGAUGACGGGGGUGUCGUCGGACGCGGGUGUCGAGGUGCGCGCGCUGCCCACCAGGGCCGGCACGCGCGUCGUCUCGGCCUUCUGGCGCCACCCCUCCGCGCGCCUCACGCUGCUCUACUCCCACGGCAACGCCGCGGACCUCGGGCAGAUGCUCGGGCUCUUCCUCGAGCUCCGCGCGCACCUCCGCGUCAACAUCAUGAGCUAUGAUUACUCAGGCUAUGGUGCUUCUACAGGAAAACCAUCAGAGUACAACACAUACUAUGAUAUAGAGGCAGUUUAUGAUUGCUUGAAAAAGGAGUAUGGGAUAGACGAAGAGGAAUUAAUCCUGUAUGGGCAAUCAGUUGGAAGUGGACCAACACUGCAUUUGGCCUCACGUUUGGAAAAGUUAAGAGGGGUUGUCCUUCACAGCGGUAUACUCUCUGGCAUACGGGUUCUUUAUCCAGUGAAAGUGACACUUUGGUUCGAUAUCUUCAAGAACAUUGACAAAAUAAAGCAGGUCGACUGCCCUGUGUUAGUCAUACAUGGGACAGCCGAUGACAUCGUUGACUUCACCCAUGGCAAGCGGCUGUGGGAGCUAGCAAAGGAGAAGUACGAGCCCCUAUGGGUGAAAGGCGGGGGUCACUGCAACCUGGAAACUCACCCCGAAUACAUCAGGCACUUGCGCAAGUUCAUAAACGCGAUGGAGAAGCUCGCGAAAGAUAAAGCACCCAAGGCAUCCCAGGUGGCGCCUUCGUCGAGCAUGGCCGACGUAAAACACAACAAGUGCUUGAAAUUCGGGAAGAAAUGAGACAGAACCGCAAGCUGUCAGCUGAACUAACCAUGUCGCUGCCUGCUCAUAUUCAUACAUGCAAGCUGAAGCAAUGGCAGGAGAAGUCAUCAGCCAAGCGGCAGGGGCUCCUUUCUUGGUGACUCUGACGCACCCCAGGAAAUCGCCAAUGCGGCAACCCUAGCUUGUUAUCCGUGUGAGUUCAGGUUAUUAGACAGAUCGACCCGUGGCUGCAGUGUGCUGGCUGGAGAGAUGCCUUUGUUUUUCUACUGGGUGCCACAAAAUUAGCCUGUUCCUAGCUCAUGUUUUCUUUUCUUUUCUUUU